AUGUCGACACCGGCCGAGUUAAGUUUUGACGAAAUACUAAAAUAUAUGUUGGCGCACAAUGGCAAGGUUACAAAUUAUGAGUUGGUUAAACAUUUUAAAGUUUUUCUCAUGAACCCUAAUAUGCGUGAUGAAGCCAGAAACACUUUUAAGAAACAUGUGAACUCCUUAGCUGUUAUUAAAACUCAGAACAAUGAGAAAUGGUUGAUAUUAAAAAAGAAAUAUUUACCAAGCAAUCAAAGCAUUGAUGGUAUUAAUGAGAUUAAAAAUGAUGAGUCAAUGUCUGUGGCGACUGAUGAACCCGAUGAACAGCCUCCAAGCAGACCACCUCUGCCAUUGUUAAACCAAGAUUUUAACCUACUUGGCUCUAUUUUGCCAUCCCAAGACCCUGUUCUACCCCCGCCCAUUGAACACUCAAGUGAAGCUUCAAAAGAAAUAGUGCAAGACAAUUUAAUUGAAGACAUUCCACCAAAGGUCCAUCCAAGAAGAAAAUCUGAGAAAGCAACUGCAGAAAAGACUACAAGUGCUUCAGACUUAUCCCUGAGAAUGUCAAUUCCUAAUGAGACAACAGACCCCGAGUCAUCCACACUGACUUCUUCUCGUAGUGAAAGCACCCUCAUAGAUAGUGAACAAAAGAUAUCAGUUAAGGAGAGGAAACAAAUGUUUAACAGAAUGGCUUCAGAGAGUGAUGUGUUGAAAUCUAACAAAUCAGGCAAUAGUACAUCGACUAUAGAUUACGAGGGAAGAGCUUCGCCGGAUCACAAAGAGACAGAGCCUCUCGACCCAAAGCAGAAACAGUGGAUUCUUUGCGCCGCGCGCGGUGACUACCACGUGUUGGCGAAGAUGUGCAAAGAAAACUCUAAGCUGGUUAAGACAAAGGAUCCCUUCACGCUAGACAGCACAAGGGCACUUGGCUACAUCUGCCGAAAACGCCACCGCACCAUAGCCAGUUUCGCUCGAAAUACGAGCUCAGUAGAAAAUCGCACCGGGCGGCGUAUACUGCAAAUUAACAAGCUUUCCCCCGUUCAAUAUUUUACCGACGUCGAAUCCGGGAACGCCCGUCCCUACAUCCCCACUGAAUCAGCGGUGAGCACGCCUACAUCUUGUAUCAACGCCGAUUGCUACGAGACCUUAGAUAAAACGGCAAUGCACUGGGCCUGCAAGCGUGGAGACGAAAACUUAGUAAAGCUGUUAGCUGGAAUACAACGGCACAUUGUCAACGAGCGCUCUGGCUACACGCCUUUGCACAUUGCGAUGCAGUUUCGUCGUGAAAACGUUUAUCGACUACUAGUGGAAGUAUAUGAUGCCGAUCCUAAUGUUAGAGACUGGUCUGGAAAGAAACCUAGGCAAUAUUUAGUUCAUAUGGAUACCUCUCUAUCUCCUGGUUCAUACCGAAAACCGCCACAAAAUAACUUACGCCGUACGGUUACUGCUCCCCCCAAUAUUAACCAGGUUCCUAUAGUUACUCUAAGGCGCUCAGAGUCCCUCAUGCCGUCAAAGAAAGAGGGAUUCCUUCGCAUCGGUUCGCUAAAUGUUCGAGUCAAGAAGACGACAGAGGCGUUCAGUAACUUCCUCGGCGUUGGUGCGACUAGGUCAUCUGCGUAUGUGCCAAAGUCGGCGCGAGAGAGAGAACUAGAUCGGCGAUCGGAUGAUAGCGAUCAAUUGAAGUCGUGGGGAUCAGCAGACAAUAUACAGAAAGAUGACAAAAUGCUACCUCCCAUGAACAACAAAGUUCGGAAACGGGCUGCAAACGGUAGAAGAGGUGUGGCUUCCCACAGCCGCAGUACACCAUCUACACCAGACCAGCCUCGCGCUCAAAUUGGUGCUGGCGGCAAUGGAGACUCUGACUCCGACUCUGCUGCUGGUUUUCAUGCUGCGUGGAGGCAGCUACAAAGCUAG